AUGUCUGAAGAAAAGAUUCGCGUCUGCAUUGGUGGUGGUGCUGGUUUCAUCGGCAGCCACAUGGGAAAAUUCCUCCGUGCUAAGGGCUAUUGGGUCCGUGCUGUUGACUGGGCUGAAAACGAAUUCUGGAAACCAGAGGAAUUCUGCGAUGAAUUCUUACAACUUGACCUCCGUACCUACGAAAACUGCGCUAAGGCCUCCGCUGGCUGCAAGUGGGUUUUCAACUUUGCCUGCGAUAUGGGUGGCAUGGGAUUCAUUCAGUCAAACCACUCUGUUAUUAUGUACAACAACCUCCAGAUCUCCUCCAACAUGCUCGAGGCUGCUCGCCGUAAUGGUGUUGAGAGAUUCUUCUAUUCCUCUUCUGCUUGCGUUUAUCCAGAGUUCAAGCAGUUAGAAAUUGACAACCCAGGACUUCCAGAAGACUGUGUUUGGCCAGCUCAGCCACAAGAUGGCUAUGGCCUUGAGAAGCUCUGCACAGAAGAGCUCGCACAGCAUUACUCCAAGGACUUCCCAACAAUGAAGACAAGAAUUGCUCGUUUCCACAACAUUUACGGACCAUGGGGAAUCUGGCGUGGUGGCAGAGAGAAAGCUCCUGCAGCUUUCUGCCGUAAAGCUAUUUGCUCCAAGGAGAAGUUCGAUAUCUGGGGCGAUGGCUUGCAGACACGCUCAUUCACAUACAUCGAUGACUGCCUUGAAGGUGUCUGGAGACUCUUCAACAGUGACUGGGAUAAGCCAAUCAACAUCGGAUCUGAAGAAAUGGUCAGCAUGAACCAGCUUGCUGAACUCGCACUCUCAUUCGAAGGCAAGAAGAUGCCUUUAGUCCACGGCCCAGGCCCAGAAGGUGUCAGAGGCAGAAAUUCUGAUAACAGAUUGAUCAGAAAGGUUUUGGGCUGGGAACCAAAGAUCCCACUUGCUGAAGGCCUUAGAAAGACAUACGACUGGAUUAAGACCCAAGUUGAAAAGGAAGCUGCAGAAGGUGUCGACGUUUCUAAAUACGCUGAAUCACACGUUGUUCAUCUUAAGGACAUCCCACAAAUCGGAACUGUUAGAAAGGAUUUAAGAGAAAUUCAAUAA